GUUCUCUACAUUAUUGCAUGCAAGACGGUGGUUAUGCAAUUUAUCCAAAGAUGGCAUUCGCAGUGAGUAUGGGCCAGGGCCAGGGACUACCUAGUACACCAGUGACGAGUGGUGACAAGGGUAGAUUGCAGAUUUAGGAAGCAUGUUCGUCUCGGGUGGGGGGUUACCGGCUGCAUGCUAAGGUAGGGUGGCGCACACGUCUCAAGAUUCAAAUCUAAUAAUGUAAUUUUUCAUCAGAUCGCUAUCAUAGCGAUAUUUUACAAAAUACAUUCAAUUCGACCAUGUUGAGAUGUUCUGGCAACAUUGGGAGGAUAUGACAGUUCCUUAGACACUUGACAAUUUUGACAGUGACACAUGUAAUCAAAUUGGAAUUGGAAGGCAGCUGGAAGGAGAAAAAGCAAGUGGCCAAGUGGUGCUUUUGGAUUUCGUUUUUUUACAAACAUACGAGCCCGAAAUACCUGGAAUAAAAGCUGUAGUUCAUCAGUCUAGUACAUUCUCUCAAAAUCUAGGAUAUUGUGACUUCAACUUAACCUAUAAAAGAACGCUGCGAAAAUGCCCCUUUCCUGUAGGUUUUAUAAGGAAAAGUACCCGGAGGUAGAAGAUGUAGUGAUGGUAAAUGUACGAGCAAUAGCUGAAAUGGGGGCAUACGUCCAUCUACUAGAAUACAACAAUAUUGAAGGAAUGAUUCUGCUCUCUGAACUGUCGAGAAGGCGUAUUCGAUCCAUCAACAAACUGAUCAGAGUAGGAAAAACGGAGCCUGUUGUAGUAAUAAGGGUUGAUAAAGAAAAGGGAUAUAUUGAUUUAUCGAAACGCCGAGUAAGUGCCGAGGAUGUUGAAAAGUGCACAGAACGAUUUGCAAAAGCGAAAGCUGUUAAUUCUAUUCUCAGACAUGUUGCAGAAUUGUUGAAAUAUGAAUCUGACGAACAGUUAGAAGAACUGUAUCAAAAGACUGCCUGGCACUUUGAAGAGAAGUACAAGAAGAACAAAGCUAGUGCAUAUGAUUUUUUCAAGCAGGCAGUAUUAGAUCCUAGUAUACUAGCUGAAUGUGAACUGGAUGAGAAAACAAAGGAGGUAUUGCUGAGCAAUAUCAAACGCAAACUCACCUCUCAAGCAGUUAAGAUUAGAGCUGACAUUGAAUGUGCCUGUUAUGGUUAUGAAGGUAUAGAUGCUGUUAAAACUGCUUUAAAAUCUGGACUAUUGUUAUCAACUGAUGAGCUGCCUAUUAAGAUCAACCUUAUAGCUCCCCCAUUGUAUGUCAUGACUACAUCAACACCAGAGAAACAAGAAGGCUUGAAAAUACUUAAUGAAGCUAUAGAGAAAAUUAAAUUGACGAUAGAAGAAUUGGGCGGUGUUUUCAACAUUCAAAUGGCACCUAAAGUGGUGACAGCCACCGACGAAGCAGAGUUGGUGAAACAAAUGGAACGCGCCGAGCUGGAGAACGCUGAAGUCGCUGGUGAUGAUGACGAUGAAGAAGAAGAGGACGAAGGACAGAUUUACAGCGAAGGUGAAGAGAAGGACGAUGAUUCCGAGAAAGGAGAAGAGUAAAUUCAGAUUUAUUUAUAUGCGAAAUAAAUUUUUUUAUAUCUAUCCAUGCUGAGAAUGUUCAUAUUAUUACGAUAAUGUGAAAAGUAUAAACUUAAUUUUAUUUUUGGUA